AUAUAAAAUCUGUUUCGCACUCGCAGAAAAAAAUAAACUCUCUCUGUAAGAUCAAGAAAAUAUCAGUUUCGCUUUCGAAGAAAAGAUGUUGGCCAUAUUUCACCAGGCAUUUGCUCAUCCACCUGAAGAGCUAAACAGCCCUGCAUCUCUCAAAAGUUCAAAGAAGCCUAAAUUACCAGAUGAAACUCUCCAAGAAUUCCUUUCUUCUCACCCUAAUAACACUUCCUCUAUGAGUUUUGGGGAUGCUGCUGUCCUUGCUUAUGUCCGACCUGAUCACCAUUCUCUUUUUCAUCAGAACCAGAGGUUGUUUUGUGGGUAUGAUGAUAUAUAUUGCCUUUUCAUGGGGAGUUUGAACAAUUUGUGUGCUCAGAUUAAGCAGUAUGGAUUAGCAAGAAAUGCAAAUGAGGCCAUGCUUGUGAUUGAAGCUUAUAGAACACUUCGGGACCGUGGUCCUUACCCAGCUGAUCAGGUUAUUAAGGAUCUUGAUGGGAGCUUUGCCUUUGUUGUCUAUGAUAGCAGAGUUGGGACUGUUUUUACAGCACUGGGUUCUGAUGGUGGAGUUAAGUUGUAUUGGGGCAUAGCUGCAGAUGGUUCUGUGGUGAUUUCUGAUGAUUUAGAGGCGAUUAAAGAAAGCUGUGCUAAAUCUUUUGCACCAUUCCCAGCAGGGUGCAUAUUUCACAGUGAGGGAGGAUUAAUGAGUUUUGAGCACCCAAUGAAUAAGCUAAGGGCAAUGCCAAGGGUGGACAGUGAAGGUGUGGUGUGUGGGGCUAAUUUCAAAAUUGAUCAUUAUGCUAGGGUUGAUAGCAUUCCUCGAGUUGGAAGUGAAGCCAAUUGGGCAGAAUGGAAUUUUCAUGAACCCUAAUCCAUCAAUUUCUUUUCCACUCUGUUUUGUUAUUUUGGAGUAUUUGAUCUUUCUUUGUUUUCUGGCCAAGAAAUGAGCACAGAUGUACAAAAAAUAAUCUGAAACUUGAUUUUGGUUUAAGCUUACAGUCCCUGUAAUUUGUUAAUCCAAUCUUUAUGUUCAUGAAUGUUACCUGCAAUUUAUGUUCCAA